UGUAGAGAGAGUUAUGGCGGUUCGUAGAAUGUUUUGAAUUCACUCGUAUAACAUCCAGUUUCUUUAUCGAGUCUCAUCCAUCAUAUACUUCUAAAGAUUUGACCAUAUCUACACGGUUUAUUUUCCGUAGAUCAGUUACAAAUACAUAGUGAAACAUUUUUGCAUCUAAAUCGAAGGAAAUGAAGUAUAUUUUGGUAACUGGAGGUGUUAUUAGUGGAAUUGGCAAAGGAGUAAUUGCAAGUUCAAUUGGCACAAUUCUUAAGCAUUGUGGGCUUCAUGUCACAUCUAUUAAAAUUGACCCAUACAUUAAUAUUGAUGCUGGAACAUUUUCACCAUUUGAACAUGGUGAGGUAUUUGUGCUAGAUGAUGGUGGGGAAGUAGAUCUUGAUCUAGGGAAUUAUGAAAGAUUCUUGGAUGUCACUCUUCACCGAGCCAACAAUAUAACAACAGGGAAGAUCUAUCAGCAAGUCAUUGAAUGUGAAAGAAGGGGUGACUACCUCGGAAAAACUGUUCAAGUUGUUCCUCACAUUACAGAUGCCAUUCAAGAAUGGGUUGAAAAUGUUGCCAAAGUUCCUGUCACUGAGGAUGGAAAAGAGCCAGAAGUGUGUAUCAUUGAACUUGGAGGAACUAUAGGAGACAUUGAGGGCAUGCCCUUUGUAGAAGCCUUUCGACAGUUUCAGUUUCGUGUCAGUCAUGAAAGCUUCUGCUGUGUUCAUGUUUCUCUUGUUCCACAGCCCAAAUCUACAGGUGAAUCAAAAACCAAACCUACUCAAGCAAGUGUGAAGGAACUGAGAGGUUCUGGGCUGUCUCCUGAUUUAAUUGUUUGCCGUAGUGAAAUGCCCAUCAUUGAUGAGGUCAAGCAGAAGAUUUCCAAUUUCUGUCAUGUUAAGCCAGACAGGGUUAUCUGUAUCCAUGACUGCACAUCAACAUAUAGAGUUCCCUUGAUGUUGGAAGAGCAAGGCCUUAUCCAGUUCAUCAGUGAAAGAUUGCAGCUUAAUAUAGCCACUCCACCACGACCUAAAAAGUUUAUGUGGAAAUGGAGAGAUCUUGCUGACCGCCACGACAAUGUUCGUAAGGUCGUAGAGAUUGCUUUAGUUGGCAAGUAUACUCAAUUAGAAGAUGCUUAUGCAUCCGUAACCAAAGCAUUGAAUCAUUCUGCUCUCUUUGUAAACCGUCGUUUAAUACUUUCGUAUAUUGAAGCCACAAGCCUCGAAGAAGCCACAAAAAUAGAGAAUCCCGUCAAGUACCACCAAGCCUGGCAAAUUUUAUGUCGCAGCGAGGGUGUUAUUGUCCCUGGUGGUUUUGGUAAACGAGGAAUGGAAGGCAAAAUUGCUGCUGUUACGUGGUGUCGAACUACUCGAAAACCGUUCCUUGGCGUAUGUCUUGGAUUACAAGCUGCUGUUAUUGAAUUUACUAGGAAUGUGAUGAACUGGAAAGACGCCAACACGACAGAAAUUGAUGCAGAUACUCCUUAUCCUGUUGUUAUCGACAUGCCAGAACACAAUCCUGGUCAAAUGGGUGGCACUAUGCGGUUGGGCAAGAGAACCACUAUAUUCCAUGGAGAUUCCAUUCUCAAAAAAUUGUACGGAAACGUCGGAGCCAUAGAUGAACGCCAUCGUCAUCGUUACGAAGUAAACCCAGAAUAUGUUGAUCAAAUUGAAAAGGCUGGUCUUCAUUUCGUCGGUCGGGAUGAUUCGGAAACUCGCAUGGAGAUCAUGGAACUACCGACUGCUACACAUCCAUAUUUUGUGGCUACACAGUAUCAUCCAGAAUACAUAAGUAGACCGUUGAAGCCAUCGCCUCCUUAUCUUGGACUUCUUUUGGCAGCAGUGGGAAAACUUCAACCAUACUUGAACAAUGCCAUGUCUUCAAACACAACAUCUGAAGAUGGAGAAAAUUCAGUCCCCAUGAGUGAAAUGAAUUCUGAAGAAAGCACCAAUCCUCAGUGGAACCUAGGAGGAAAGUUGGUGAUCAAGGCGCAACUGAACGAUGACAUUCGGCGUAUCCCGAUUCACAAUGAAGACAUUACUUAUGAUGAACUCGUUUUGAUGAUGCAACGGGUCUUUAGGGGAAAAUUGUCAACAAGUGAUGAAGUAUUAUUGAAAUACAAAGAUGAAGAUGGAGAUUUGGUUACGAUAUUUGAUAGUUCUGACUUAACUAGUGCCAUACAGUGUAGUCGCACUUUGAAGCUUACUGUCUUUCUGAAUAGUCAGCCUGGUGAUUCAUCAGUUGAAGAGAAGCAAACUAAAGGAAUAACUAACAUUAUGGCUAUUAGGAAAGAGUUAUCUGGGAUUCGUGAUCGAGUUAUUCACUUGCUUGAUCAGCUAGACAUAAGUCCCCAAGAUUCACCAAGUAGAGAUUCCCCAUUGAUACACAAUGCUGAAUCUGACAAGCAAACAAUGCCAGUUGUUAAACCAGCUACAAUUCAUGCAAAGGAGUUUGAUCCAUAUCAACAAAGGAAUGACAUGGGAAAAGAAACAGAUAAGGUUUCUGAAGCUUUUGGAGUCGAACAAACAUCUCAGAAUGAGAGUACAACUGCUGCACCCAGACAGCAAAAUCCUCCAACUCAGCCUGCAAUUGCUGCUGCAAGUGGACAGCCCAUGGCUCCACAACUUCCUAGUGUUGGUGGGAUGCAGCAAUUAGGUCAACAACUCCCUCAACAGCAGGGAAUGUCCAAUAACCCCCAUCAAAUGCAGCCAACACAACCGCCUCUCGGAUCACCUUAUCCUUCUCCAGCUUACGGGCAACAGCCACAACGAUUCCAACCGCAAACAUCUACUGGAUACAGUUUGCCGGCUCAACAACCGACUACUUAUCCUCAAGCAGGCUACGGCUCUCAGCCAAUUCAACAGCAACCGUAUGCCCAGCCGAUGCCAUACAAUCCACAGGGAUCGACUCAACAGCAAACUCAACCUCAAGCGCCAGGCCAACCUGGAGCUGCUCCAGUCGGCCAGUACAGUGGCGGUGCUAGUCAGCAGACACAGGCCUACAAUCCAGCAGUUCCAUCGCAAGGGCAAACACUUGGUCAACCAUUGGCCCAGGGUCAAAGUGGAUUUAAUUAUCCUGGCUAUCCUCCAACUGCAACGACUCCAACUAAUCCGUAUAGCCGUGGUGGAGCAGCACCUCCUUAUGCUAGCAGACCGCAGCCACCUCAGUACCAUUAAAUAGCGUCAAUUGGGAUAAUAAGGAUUAGCCAAAAUUCAUAUUUUCAAUUAUAUCUUUCAUUACUGAAAAUUGUUGUAUUCUAUAGCGCCUUUUUCAUAAAUCCUCCCAAUGCUUCAAGGCAAUAAAAAGCUGUUAAAAUUA